UCUCAGGAGAACUGUAGUACAAUAGGAAGUUCUGAGUGUGCGUAAGUUCUCGACCACAAUUUGCAUUCUUCAGCUCGGUUAUGGUCAACACCGUAGUGAGUGUGGAGCACACAGACUUCAGUCAUAUCUCUUGGGAGCAUGUGAAUGAAAGGAAGCUCCUCUUGCAGGCAGACUCGACCCGGCCGGUAGGAGCAGCACUGUGUGAUUGGCGCAAAAGCAGUCUUGGCUUCCAGCCAUUAUCAUCCAGGGCAGGAGGCAGUUCGCCAGCACAAACUCCCGCUGCAAGUCUUCGGCCAGCACCUCUUUCUGCAUCAAAGCCUAAGCUUGGCACGGCAUGGAAAAAUGGCUGCACCACCACUGACAUGCCUACUCCGAGGAGCAAACUGAGCACAUCUGGAGGUAAUCCAAGCAUGCGUGUUACUGAAGGUACAGGACCCGAGGGUUCAGGGGGAAAGGUUUCCAGAUUCUCUCUUAUUGCUGGCAACCCACAUUCAUCUGCCUCAAAACUGCCAGUGAAGACAAGAACCCAGCUCAAAAGCUUGAGUGCCUCCAGUGGAAACACAAAGCCUGAUUUGGAGUCGUCUUCAGGAGCUUUAGGAAAACCUUCCAAUAACAGGAUCACUUCAUUAAGAAGCAGGCUCCAAAGUCUUUCUCCCAAAGGCUCAUCUAUUGGAAAAAAGAACACAACUUCACUGUCACAUCCAUCUGUGAGGACUGCAGUGAGCGUCUCAAAACCCCCUGCUUCAUCACGACCUACUCGACUUACUGCUACUUGUUCAGGUGGGUAGUUACUAGAAAGUCAGUAAAACCUUCACACUCUGAGUUUGAUUAGGUGUUCUUGAACUGUGCAUGUAAAUGUAUAAAUUGCUUCAUAUGUCAGUUCAAAAACAUUGUUUGACAUUCUGAUUAUUUAAGAUCAAUAAAUAUGAUUAAGGUUGACAAGUAAAAAUGUCAUUUUCAAAUCCUUUAAACAGUGACUUCAUCAAAUGCUCUCUUGGCAUUGUAUAAUCCUUUUCUAAGCCCACACGAAUUUAACGAUUUUCACCUUGACAAA